CAUGAUGAAAAGAGACACAGAGAUCGUUCUGACGUGCCAGGUGACAGGCGAACCAGAGUAGAGCCCAGAGAGAGGCAUAGAGACAGAGGACGGGAGCUUGAUGACAGGCAAAACCGGGCUGGGGCAAGAGGGAGGGAAAGGGAUGUGCAGAAUUUCCAACAGCAGCAGACUGAAAGGGAGCAGCAUGAUGAAAGGAGACGGGAGAAUCGCAGAAGAGCUGACGUGAGCAACAGUGAUGGGGAAAACCAAGAAUUUGGAGAAGGUGGGACUGAGGACAUGAAUAAAGUAGCUAAAGAAAACCCCAAUUUUGAGCUGUCUGGAGCUUUGGUGGAGGAUACGAAUACGUUCCGAGGAGUUGUGAUCAAAUACAACGAGCCACCUGAGGCCCGCAUUCCUAAGAGGAGGUGGCGACUCUACCCCUUUAAAAAUGAUGAGCCCCUUCCAGUAAUGUAUGUUCAUCGUCAGAGUGCCUAUCUGAUGGGGAGACAAAGAAAGAUAGCGGACAUACCCAUUGACCACCCGUCUUGCUCCAAGCAGCAUGCUGUUUUUCAGUACAGGCUUGUGGAGUUUACACGUUCUGAUGGCACAGCUGGCAGGAAGGUAAAGCCUUACAUCAUAGACCUGGGUUCUGGGAAUGGGACCUACUUGAACAACCAGCGUAUUGAAGCCCAGCGCUACUAUGAACUGAAAGAAAAGGACGUACUGAAAUUUGGCUUCAGCAGCAGAGAAUAUGUCCUGUUACAUGAAUCUUCAGACACGGCCGAGGUUGACGCAAAGAAGGAUGAUGACGAAGAGGAUGACGAAGGGCUUGAUAAAUAAAUGUAUUUAGGGGGUGCCAAAUAGAUGGACCUACUGAAUGAGGAAAAGUUUUCUAAUUGAUAUCAUUGUCCUAACAGGACUACAGAUUCCUAGGCCUCAGGACUUUUGUAAUAGUGCUUUUGUAAAUAACAGGGAAGAGCAGUAUUCUUUGUAAAAGCCCUGUUAUAUAAACCCUGUGUUUCUCCAAAGUCCGUUCAGACUCAAAUAUACUAUAAUUGUGAAUUUUCCAGUAAGACAAUUUUAAAUAAUCAGGUUCAAUGGUUUGGAAUUCUAUAGGGAUUAAUAAAAACCUUGAAGCUUUGUAACCACCAAAUGAUCUGAAGACAGUUGCCUCGGACCCUUUUAUAAGAGUUUAUUUUUUAUUUAGUAAAGAAAAUCAGGUCUAGUAAAAUAAUCUACUAUUGAACUGUGUCUCUUGUACAUUUGUUUUUUUGCAGGGGUUGGGGGUGAGGUUAUUUGUAUAGCUGUAGGUAUUACAGGCAUCAUACAGAUAAAUUUGUAGCUUUCUUAUGUUUUUUUUUUUCAUCUUGCUCUGGAACAUAUUUCUCAUGCUUUAAAAAAAAAAAAAAAGUAGUCAGC